AUGUUCAGCGGCUUCGGCGGAGGUUCGAAGCGCAGCAGCGCCCCCGAGGCGGCCGAGCCGGCGCAGAACACGCUGUCGCAGCCCAAGGGCAACAACAACGGCGGCGGCGGUGGUGCCGGCGGCAACGGCUACUCGUUUGACCCGUCGGGUCUGGAGCGCGCCGCCAAGGCCGCUCGCGAGCUCGAGAACUCGCGUCAUGCCAAGGAGGCCUUCAACCUCGCCAAGGAGACCGAGCGCACCAAGCAGAUGGAGAACCAGGCCAAGAUCAAGGAGAACGAGGCGCUCUACAAGCAGUACGAGAUCGUGCGCGUGCAGAAGGAGGGCGAGGAGCGCCGCAAGACGCUCGAGGAGGAGACGCGCCAGCACCAGCAGCGCGCGCAGUACCAGGACCAGCUCAAGCGUAAGCAGUACGCCGACCAGCUGGCUGCCCAGAAGUACAUGAAGGAGCAGGAGCUCAAGAAGCAGGAGGAGAUCCUCGCUCGCCAGGAGGCUUCGCGCCGCAAGACGCUCGAUUAUGAGGCCGAGCUGCGUCAGAAGACGGAGCUAGCCAAGGUGGCCGCUGAGACCGAGGGCCGCAUCAAGCAGGAGCGUCUCAACCACGACCUGCACCUUGAGGAGGCCCGCGUGCGUGCUAAGGAGUACCGCGAGACUGUCAUGGAGGGCAUCAAGCUGGCGGGUAACACUGUCGGCUCGGGUAUUAUGGCCUUCGUCGACGACAAGGAGAAGCUGACGGCUACCGUGGCCUCGCUUACGGCCCUGGCUGUCGGUAUUUACACCGCCAAGGUCUCCACUAACGUUGCAGGCAAGUACAUUGAGGCGCGCAUGGGCAAGCCGUCGCUGGUGCGUGAGACGUCGCGCCGCUCGGCUACUCAGGUGCUGGCCAACCCGAUCCCGUCGAUCAAGCGUGCGCUUCGCCUGCAGAAGGCGACGGAUGCCCUGGAGGGCGUUGUGCUCGAGCCCAAGCUGGACGAGCGUCUGCGCAGCGUGGCCGUGUCCACGUUCAACACGAAGAAGAACCGCGCGCCAUUCCGCCACUUGCUGCUGCACGGCCCGCCUGGUACGGGUAAGACACUGUUCGCCAAGGCUCUGGCGCGUCACUCCGGCCUGGAGUACGCCAUCCUCACGGGUGGUGAUGUCGCCCCGCUGGGCCGCGAGGGUGUGACGGAGAUCCACAAGCUAUUUGACUGGGCGUCGCACAGCCGUCGCGGUCUGCUGCUGUUCGUCGAUGAGGCCGACGCGUUCCUGCAGAAGCGUAGCAACACCGUCAUGUCCGAGGACAUGCGUAACGCGCUGAACGCCUUCCUGUACCGCACGGGUGAGGCCAGCGACAAGUUCAUGAUCGUGUUCGCCAGUAACCAGCCUGAGCAGUUCGACUGGGCCAUCAACGAUCGUAUCGAUGAGAUGGUGGAGUUCCGUCUGCCGGGCUUCGACGAGCGUGUGCGCAUGCUCAAGCAGUACUUCGACGACUACAUUCGCGCGCCGAAGAACUCGCGUGCCAAGAAGAUUUACGUCGAGGGCAUCGAGGACUCGGACUUUGAAGACCUUGCCGCUCGUAUCGAGGGCUUCUCUGGACGUGAGCUUUCCAAGCUCGUGAUUGCCUUCCAGGCUGCGGCUUACGGUUCGCCGACGUCAGUGUUUGACAAGGAGAUGAUGACGAAGGUUCUCGAGCACCACCUUACGGCGCACACGCAGAAGGAGGCGUGGAAGGAGUACGUGGGCCCGAACGAGACGCGCGACCACGUCAAGACGAUCGUGGCGGAGUAGGCGCUGAAUAUGGUGGGUCUGCGUUGCUGUGGGUUUGACCUAGAAGACCUCUUGCUGCGCGAUCGACCGAGCGACAACCGUUAGCCGAUGCACGUCGACUUGAUAGACUAGACUGUUAGAUUAGUUCCUGAGUUGUGGGCGCUACUCAGUUCCAGUUGCCAAGGCUGCUCUGCUGAGCUCCAUCUGCGCAUCCUGAAGCAGGCCGGGGCAAGAGCGAGAGAAGGAGGGGAGCCUCUGUAUUUGAACAUGGUAUCGUACCGUUGAUUCU